AUGGCUGAGGGAGCUUUAUACGAGAAAUUAACGACAGUGAUGACCUCUGAUCACGCUUCAGUGGUCUCAAUGAACCUAUUUGUUGCUCUUCUUUGCACUUGCAUCAUUAUUGGUCAUUUGCUCGAGGAGAAUCGAUGGAUUAAUGAAUCCAUCACUGCCCUUCUCAUUGGUCUGUGUAGUGGGGUUUUUAUAUUGCUCACAACUGGAGGAAAAAGCUCCCAUAUAUUAGUUUUCAGCGAAGAUCUUUUCUUUAUUUACCUUCUCCCACCCAUCAUUUUCAAUGCCGGGUUUCAGGUCAAGAAGAAACAAUUUUUCCGCAAUUUUAUGACUAUAAUUCUCUUUGGUGCAUUUGGUACUUUGAUAUCAUUCUGCAUCAUAUCACUAGGGGCAAUACACUUUUUCCAGAAAUUGGACAUUGGUUCCCUAAAGAUUGGAGAUUAUCUGGCAAUUGGAGCAAUAUUUUCAGCAACAGAUUCUGUUUGCACGUUGCAGGUUCUUAAUCAGGAUGAGACACCUUUCCUCUACAGCUUGGUCUUUGGGGAGGGAGUAGUAAAUGAUGCCACCUCCGUAGUACUCUUCCAUGCAAUUCAGAAAUUUGACCUCUCCCACAUAGACUUAACCACUGCUUUACAGUUAAUAGAAAAUUUUCUAUAUUUAUUCAUCGCAAGUACUGUGCUAGGAAUCUUAGCUGGAUUGCUUAGCGCAUACAUUAUUAAAAAGCUCUAUUUUGGCAAGCAUUCUACAGACCGUGAGGUUGCUCUCAUGAUACUCAUGGCUUACCUUUCAUACAUGUUAGCUGAACUAUUUUCUUUAAGUGCCAUUAUGACUGUGUUCUUCUGCGGCAUUGUGAUGUCUCACUACACGUGGCAUAAUGUGACUGAAAGUUCAAGAGUGACAACCAAGCAUGCUUUUGCUACCUUGUCAUUCAUUGCUGAGAUCUUUAUCUUCCUUUAUGUUGGAAUGGAUGCACUAGAUAUAGAGAAGUGGAGAUUUGUAAGUCAAAGCCCGAGAAAAUCAAUUGGGGUCAGUUCGUUGCUGUUGGCACUUAUCCUAGUUGGAAGAGCUGCAUUUGUUUUCCCACUUUCCUUCUUAUCCAACUUGACUAAGAAGUCUCAAUCUGAGAAAAUUGAGUUAAAGCAACAAGUAACAAUUUGGUGGGCUGGUCUCAUGCGUGGAGCUGUUUCCAUAGCACUUGCUUACAAUCAGUUUACCAGGCUAGGCCACACUAAAUUGAGCGAGAAUGCCAUCAUGAUCACUAGUACUAUCACUGUCGUACUCUUCAGCACAGUGGUGUUUGGGUUGAUGACUAAGCCACUUGUGAGGUUAUUGCUUCCUUCCGACAAACACAUAAUCAGCAUACCGUCCCCACCAUUGAGCCCCAAAUCAUUCACUGUGCCACUUCUCGGCAAUGGACACGAUUCAGGGCCCAAUGGUGGCACACAAAAUGGGGCUCGACCAAGAAGCUUGCGUAUGCUCCUAAACAUUCCUAGUCGUGGGGUACACCACUAUUGGCGCAAAUUUGAUGAUUCUGUCAUGCGACCUCUCUUUGGUGGGCGGGGUUUUGUACCUUACGUUCCAGGUUCACCCCUUGAACAAAGUGUUCAUCAGUGGCGUUGA